AUGAAUAAACAGUUUGGGAAAGAGGAGUUGCAGAAGAUAGUGGCAAGAUGGCAACAAUUAAGAAAUGAAUAUGGUGAUAAUGCUCAUUCAGUACCUGAAUAUAUUCAAUUAACAAAGAUGAUUAAAUACGUUCAGCAACAAACUCAAAGACAACAACAGAACAUGAAUCAACAGCAACCACAAAAUUUCCAAAACUCCAGAAAUAGUAAUGGAAAUUAUAAUCAGAAUUAUUCAUCAUCUAAUUCGAAUUUAAUGAAUAACAAUAUGAAUAGUAACAUGAGUGGUAACAUGAGUGGUAAUAUGAAUAGCAAUAUGAACAAUAACAUGAACAGCAAUAUGAAUAGUGGGAAUUCGAAUUUUGGAAGCCCUUCAAUGAACAACUUCCAACAAUUCCAAAAUCAACAAUCUAAUCAACCACCUUCCAAUCCAAUGAAUUCUGUGCCUAGUAAUGCCAUGAAUAAUAAUAUGGGUAACACAGUGGGAAAUAAUAUGAAUAACUCCAUGGGAAACACUAUGGGUAAUAAUUCAAUGGGCAAUAAUAUGAAUAAUUUCAAUAAAUCACCAGCUAAUAAUCAAGGUUCAGCUUUCACAGGUACUCAAUUUCAAUUAUUAAAAACUCAUCAACAAGCAUUAAAAGUCUUACUUAAGAAUCCUGCACCAGGAACUCCCCAAAUACCCCAACAAUUAACCGAAUUUGCAACUAAUGAUAGAAAUGCUGUACCUCAAAAUGCACCAUAUCUUUCAUCAGUCAAUUCAUCAAUGGUUCAAAAUCAAUCACCAGCUGUAAGUCAAAGUAGUAUUCCAACUCCAGUUAUGAAUAUUUCAGCUUCCAAUCAAAUACCUCCACAACCAUCACAGAUUCCCAAUCAAUCAAGAAGUGGUAGUCUUGGUAAACAAUCACAAAGUCCUUACUUACAGAAUUCAGCUUUAAAAACUGCAACCUUAGACAAAAGAGCCAGUUCUAAAUCAAGAAAUUCAAAUGCUUCAAAUUCUCCAGCUCUUAAACGAGAAGAAAAUGGUAAUAGUAAUGUUGUGGUUAUACCUUUCAAACCUCAAGUUCCUAAACCAAUUAAUGAAUUUUUACCAACAGUUGAAAAUGUUGAUGAUAAAUUGAUUGUUCCAAUUGAUCAACCAAUGAUUCAAGUUGAUUGUUUUGAAUUUCCUUCAUUAAUUGAUGAAAAAGUUGAAGAUAUUCCCUAUCAAAAAUUGUAUUCCCAACAAUCAAGAUAUACUUAUCCUGGAUUGUUUCCUGAAGGUAUCGAUAUGAAAGAAAUUAAAAGUAAUAGAGAAGCUUAUAUACUAUUAAAAAUUGAUGAAAGAUUAAGUUACUUAAGGAAACAAUUGAAUUAUGUUCAAGAUGAAAGUUCAAAAGAUCAAAUAAUCAUGGAAAUCAAUAAAUUGGAAUUACUUCCUCUCCAAAAACAAUUGAGAGGUUCAUAUUUAUCACAUAUUUGGUUUAAUAAAUCAUUAUUACCAAAUUCUCAUCCAAAUUUCUUAGCAAAAUUCAAUCCAUUGACAUUGGAAAACAUUGCAUCAAGUCAUGAAUUAUAUAAGAAACAAGUUCAAAGUUUGUUAGCUGAAAAGAAUGAAAAACAUCAAAGUAUCAUCACUGAUAUUUUAUCAUCUAUAGGUAGACAAAAUGAUAAAGCUUAUAUAAAACGUGAAAAGAUUGAUAGAUUUACUAAUAGAAUUAGUAGUUUCCAUAAUCAAACAGCUAAAGAAGAACAAAAGAAAUUAGAAAAAAUGGCUAAACAACGUUUACAAGCUUUGAAAUCUAAUGAUGAAGAAGCAUAUUUGAAAUUAUUAGAUCAUACCAAAGAUACCAGAAUUACUCAAUUAUUAAAACAAACUAAUACUUUCUUGGAUUCUUUAGCUCAAGCAGUUCAAAAUCAACAAAGAGAAGCUGGAGCCUCCGAUGAAAAAUUCGAUGAUGGUAUGACAGAUGAUGAAAGACGUGAAAAAUUAGAUUAUUAUCAUGUUGCUCAUCGUAUCAAAGAAGAUGUUACUAAACAACCAACCAUUUUAGUUGGAGGAACUUUGAAAGAAUAUCAAUUGAAAGGUUUACAAUGGAUGGUAUCUUUAUUUAAUAAUAGAUUAAAUGGGAUUUUAGCUGAUGAAAUGGGUUUAGGUAAAACUAUUCAAACCAUUUCUUUAAUAACUUAUUUAGUUGAGGUUAAAAAAGUCCCUGGUCCAUUUUUAGUUAUUGUACCAUUAUCUACAUUAACCAAUUGGAAUAUUGAAUUCGAUAAAUGGGCUCCUUCAGUUAAGAAAAUUACUUACAAAGGUACACCUAAUCAAAGAAAAUUGUUAUCCAAUGAAGUUAGAAGUGGUAAUUUCCAAAUUUUAUUGACAACUUUCGAAUAUAUCAUUAAAGAUAAAGCUUUAUUAUCAAGAGUUAAAUGGGUUCAUAUGAUUAUUGAUGAAGGUCAUAGAAUGAAAAAUAGUAAUUCCAAAUUGUCUGAAACUUUAACUCAUUCUUAUCAUAGUGAUAAUAGAUUGAUUUUGACUGGUACUCCAUUACAAAAUAAUUUACCUGAAUUAUGGGCUUUAUUAAAUUUCGUUUUACCCAAGAUUUUCAAUUCCGUUAAGUCUUUUGAUGAAUGGUUUAAUACUCCAUUUGCUAAUACCGGAGGUCAAGAUAAGAUUGCUUUAACUGAAGAAGAAACUUUGUUGAUUAUCAGAAGAUUACAUAAAGUCUUGAGACCUUUCCUUUUAAGAAGAUUAAAGAAAGAUGUUGAAAAAGAUUUACCAAGUAAAGUUGAAAAAGUGGUUAAAUGUAAAAUGUCAGCCGUUCAAUCAAAAUUAUAUCAACAAAUGUUGAAAUAUAAUAUCUUGUAUGCUGGUGAUGAAGAUGGUAAACCUGUAACUAUUAAGAAUGCCAAUAAUCAAAUUAUGCAAUUAAGAAAGAUUUGUAAUCAUCCUUUUGUUUAUGAAGAAGUUGAAAAUUUGAUUAAUCCAGUAUCAGAAACCAAUGAUGAUAUUUGGAGAGUUGCAGGUAAAUUUGAAUUAUUAGAUAGAAUUUUACCAAAAUUUAAAGCUACUGGUCAUAGAGUAUUAAUUUUCUUUCAAAUGACACAAAUUAUGGAUAUUAUGGAAGAUUUCUUAAGAUUAAGAAAUUUGAAAUAUAUGAGAUUAGAUGGUGCUACAAAAGCUGAUGAUAGAACUUCCCUUUUGAAAUUAUUUAAUGCUCCUGAUUCAGAAUAUUUCUGUUUCCUUUUAUCAACUAGAGCUGGUGGGUUAGGUCUUAAUUUACAAACUGCUGAUACAGUUAUUAUUUUUGAUACUGAUUGGAAUCCUCAUCAAGAUUUACAAGCUCAAGAUAGGGCUCAUAGAAUUGGUCAAAAGAAUGAAGUUAGAAUUUUAAGAUUAAUUACCGAAGAUUCAGUGGAAGAAAUGAUUUUAGAAAGAGCUCAUGCCAAAUUAGAAAUUGAUGGGAAAGUUAUUCAAGCAGGUAAAUUCGAUAAUAAAUCCACUGCCGAAGAACAAGAAGCUUUGUUAAGAGCUUUGAUUGAAAAGGAAGAAGAAAGAAAGUUGAAUCAUGAUGAUGAGGAUGAUGAUUUAGAUGAUGACGAAUUAAAUCAAGUCAUUGCCAGAAAUGAUGGAGAAUUGGAUGUUUUUAAAGCUCUUGAUGAUAGAAGGGUUACUGAAACAAGAGAAGCCGUUUAUCCAACUAGAUUGUUCAGUGAAAAUGAAUUACCAGAAAUCUAUAAAAAAGAUCCUGAAUUAUUGAUUAAAAAGGAUGAAAUUAAAAUGGAAGAUUAUGGUAGAGGUAACAGAGAAAGAAAAGUUUUCAGAUAUGAUGAUAAUUUAACUGAAGAACAAUGGUUGAGACAAAUUGAUGGGGUUGUUUCUGAUGAAGAUAUGGAUGAUGAUGAUCUUAAACCUAAACGUAAACCAAGAGCUCGUAAACCUAAGAAAUCUGAAGGUGACGAGGAUGAUGAUAUGAGAGAUUUUAUUGUUGAUUCUGAUGAUGAAGGAAGACUUUUGAAAAGAAUGGGAUCCAGUGAUUCAAUUAAUGGUGAACCUAAAAGACCAAGAUCAUCCACUCCAAGUACAAGAGGUAGUGGAAGAGGUCGUGGUAGAGGUCGUGGAAGAGGAAGAGGUAGAGGAGGCUCAACAUUAAAUCGUUCAACUCCAACUGUGGAUCCUUUAAGUCCUGAAGAUCGUGAAAGUUUACAAACUAUCAGUGAAGCUAUCUAUGAAUUGGUUUUGAAUUAUAAGAAUGAACAUGACAGAAAAUUGAGUGAGUUGUUCUUAGUUAAGCCUUCAAAGAAGCAUUAUCCUGAUUAUUAUGUAUUGAUCAAACAUCCUCUUGCUUUGGAUAUUGUGAAAAAGAGAAUCAAUUCUAGAACUUAUACCAAUAUUCGAGAAUUAGUUGAGGAUAUUCAUUUAAUUUUUAGUAAUGCUAGAAUUUAUAAUGAAGAAGGUUCAAUAGUUUAUCAAGAUGCUGUGGAAUUAGAGAAAUUGGCCAUGGAUAAAGUUCGAGAAUUUUCAAGUCAUUUGUCAGAAGAAGAAUUGAAUAAAAUCUUGGAUUUAUCAGAUUUUGAUGAACUUUAUAAAUUGAAACCUUUGAAUUUGAAAAAUGCUUCUGGUUCGAUGAACAUCCAAUCAAAUGCUCAACCAACAGCUCCACAAUCAAUGACUCCAUCAUCAACAGCUCCACAAUCAACAGCCCCACAAUCAACGGCUCCACCAACCUCAGAACCAAUUUCUGCAUCUGAUUCAAUGGCUCCAGAUUCUGUACCAAUGACAGGUGAUUCAGUUGGUAACCUUGAUGAUUUAGAACUCGGUACAGAUGUUUUGAAACAAACAGAAAACUCUGAUUCCGAGUUCGAUAAAAUGGAUGCUUUUGGUGAUUCCUUGUCCAAUAAUUUAAUGGAUGAUGAAUUACCAGAAGGACUCAAUUUUGAUUAA